UAGGAGGAUAUUGUUUGUGUGUUGAGGUACAUUUUGAAACGGCUGAUAGUGGAUUUUUCCUAAAACAUUCAAUGAGAUCACCACCUUUAUCGCCUGAAAUAACAACAUCACAAUCAAGACCGAAAAUUACAUCGGAUUCAAUAUUAUCAACAGAUCGAUUUACUGUUGUACAAACAACUCAACCAGUAUCAAUACGUGCCAGUUAUGGACCAUUUUCUACAAAACAAACAGUUCCAGCAAGAUAUAUAGUACCGGAUGUAAUCGAAUCACAAGGGGAUAAUGCAAAUAAUACAACGGCAGCACUAAUGGAUUUACAACAAUCAAAUUUACAUUUGGAUAUUUCAGCACAUUUAGUUCAAACUUCAAUACCCCGAGAUUCACCAGUUUUAAGAGUAUUAUUUCAUGCUGGUGCUGAUCCUGGAGGUCAUUUGCAACGUCAAAAAAUUUGUGUAUUACUUCAUGUAGGUUUAACAAGUAAACAACCUUUAAAAGGUCGUUGUAUGCCUGAAGGAGAGGAUGGAGUUUGUGUUGCUGAGGUUAUAAUACCAUCUAAUUGGUGGCCACAACUUCCACCGCCAGAAAAAGAAACAAAUGGUUCAAUGCCACCAAAAGUUCCCCAACGUUUAGUUCAAGUUUCAUAUAGUGUUUUUGAGCCACCAACAAAAAAUCCUGAGCUAUGUGAACCAAAAGUACAAAUACAACCGCUAACAUCUUUUGCACAAGUUCCCUUAGUUGCAGCACAAUCAGCUUAUAAAGAUUUAAGAGCCGAUGAUUCACUAACAUUUUUAAUACCACAGCCAACAUUAUAUCCAAUGUCAAAAAUUCAUGUACCAGUAUUUUUACAACAACAACCAGAUCAAAAUAUUGGAGCAUUUACUGUUCGUGCUAGAGUAAAAGCUGGUUUAAAAAUUCUUGGAGCAACAGCUACAUCUGAUCAAUGGAGUAUUGAGGUUCAAAAAGAUAAUCCGAAACAUACAGUUGCUGUUGUUACAGCAAUUAAAAAAGAUCAAGAUGUUGAUGGCGAUUCUAAAGAUAUAGAAAUUGAUGCUAGCAGUAACAAUAAUAAUAAUAAGAUUACGGAAAUAUUUUCUUGGUUAUUAGAAGUUGCAAAUGAUACAAAAGAAAACUGGGAUGGUGGAAAGAUUAUUUGGUCUGUAAGUUAUUCAUAUGAUGGUCCUAAAUUAAAAGACGCAUCAUUGGAAAGUACAGGAGCUACACCUGAAGAAGUGAGAAAAAAGCUAAUUGCUAAGCUAGAGAUUAACAAAGAUGAUAUCCAAGCUGUUCUGCCAAUUGCAAAGAAUUGGGAACUAAUGAAUACAGCCGUACUAACAGGACGACAAGUUUCACAAGCAAUGAAAGUUUUUAUUGUAUCACAAGCUGGAAAAGUUGCUGAUGUAACGUUGCAAAGUUCUUGUCAUGCAGAAGACGAAAGUGUUAUAAAGGUCUCAUCAUCAUGUAGUUCAGUAUAUGUAGACGGAUCUGAAAUUCGAGGCUCAUCAAAUGCCUCUAUUAUUGUAAAGUAUGGAACUUAUAUUGGUUUAGCAAAAUUCAUUGUAUGGAUGCCAGAAUUUCCAUUGGAAGUAUAUGUUUCCGAUUUUCGAUUAUCACAAGUUAAAGGUUGGAAAGUUCCAGAAGAUCAACAUUAUGGUCAUGGCAAAGGAAAUCGUCGACGUAAAAGAGCAUACGGUUGGAAUCAUCACGGAGAUGAUUUUAUGAAUGUUUUAGGUCCUGAAAAAACUGUUUGUAGAGCUCGAUAUCAACAAAGCCCGGUUGAAGUUUAUGCAAGAUUCUUAGCGAUGGAUCAGAACUCUGGACGUGUUAGUUAUUUGAUUUCAAGAAGAACUGGAUUACGUGUUACAGAUUUAGUGCAGCCACUUUUAAGGGUUGCUGAUCCGAAAAUUGCAACACUUAAAGGAAGAAUCCUUCAGGGAAAAUCGAUGGGACGAACUGAUGUUCAGGUUCUUUCACCAAUCACUGGUCGUGUAAUUGGUGCUAAAGAAAUUCGAGUUGGAAGUGAUAAAGUUACUUUAACAAGACUAAUCGUACGGGUGGUUUCAGGAUUGCAAUUGACCAUAACUCCUGACAAUGCAAUUGAAAAUGGAUAUAUUGCUGAAACUUCAGUUACACGUCGUUUAACAGCCCAAUACCAAGAAGGCUUACUAGAUAUUGAUUUGGAGUUUUCGGAUGGAGCUCGAACACCUUUAAGAGAUGUAUCAGUUGACGACUACUUCCUGCUUGUUGAAAGCUUGGAUUCUGAAGUUGUAGCUUUUGCUCCGAUGUUGGCUUCACAUCAUCCACGUGUUAUUGCUGUUGGCGAAGGAAACGGUGAUUUGUUAAGAGUAACAUUAUUAUUGUCAGAAGAAUGUCGUCUAAGACGUGGAAUACCUGCGUCUAAGCAAGCUAAAUCUGCUCCCGGAUCUUUGGCAAGUGCUCUGGCUUCUGUUCAGGUUGAUUUUAAUACUGGCGAUAAUGCAGCCAAACCAGAUACUGUACAAAAUGAUGGAAUAUUAGGAAGAGAUCGAAAAGGUUUACGAGACUCAGGAGACCUUAAUGAUAUAAUUGGAAUUCCGUUAAAAGAUGAAGGAAAUCACGAGCCAAACGUGCAAGCUAGACAACAUAGGGGAGGUAUGACCUCAAUAGAUGGAAUGCGGCAUAAACCUGGGCCACAUGAUAUGACAUCAAUGGAAAUUGGAAUGUAUGUUCUUUUAACCGCAUUUUGCGUUGCCAUUAUCGUGUUCGUGAUUUCAUGCGUUGUCUAUGCAUCGAAGUUUCGGCCCAUUACAAUUGAAUCGGGUUUGGACAACGUCGGGGGAGCAAAAGAUUUACUUUCAACUAGUGGACUUUUAAGAGAUUCGAGAAAACCUAGAGAAUCAACAACAAACGCUCAUGAUUGGGUGUGGCUUGGAAGAUCAACUCUGGAUCGCUCAUCAGUUGCCCACGACUCAAUGAACGGAAAUAUUUUUGAAAAUCCUAGAGAUUCAAGAAUUCGUAUUACGAGUAAUCCGAUGAAUAUAAAUUAUUCAGAUCCAGAUGAUGUUGUAAAUCGCAUCACAAGUUUUGAUAAUUCUGGACGGCAUGUACCCUUGUGCCACAUGAACAAUCAGAAUAAUAUUAAUUCUACUACAUACAAUAAAAACGAAAUCAGAGAAAAUAAUAAUACAUUACCACCACCGUUACCCCCACAUAAUCGUCAUGGGCAAAACGGAAACAAAAUUGAAUAUAAACCACCAGUGCCACCUCAUAGAAAUAUUGGUGUAACUGCUAAUAAUAACACUAACAAUAAUUGUAGCAAUAAUGGAAAUAUUGAAAAGGAACAAAUACCACCUGUAGCUCAAAAACGCCAUCAUCAUAAGCAUCAUCGAAAUUCGAAUCAUAUUCAUAAUCGUAAAUCACAAGUAAAUGGAGGCAUUGAUAUGAUUCGUUCGUAUGAUAGACCCCAAGAACAACAAAUCCCAUCUACAUCUCAACCACAAUUACAUACUCAUCAUCAACAACAGCCACAGCAGCAUGGUUUAAGUUUCACGCAAGAACAAUUAAACAAAGCAUUCUACAACCAAAAUUCACCAGAACAAACAUUUUCACCAAAAGAAAUUAGCCCAUCUAAUGAUGAAGAGUCUCCAACUCAGAAAAAAGAUAUGCAUAUGGCAGAAAGAUUAGUUGAAAAUGCAGCACAACAACAAAAAAGUAUAUUCCAAUUUGAUUCAUUAACUCCAAAACGUGAUGCUGAAGAAUCAAAUGUAACAGCAGAAUGCACGCAAAAUGAUAUUAAAACAAAUAAAGAACGUGAAAGCGAUUCAAUAAAAAUAGAAGAAAUCCCAGAAGUAAAAAGGAGACAUAAAAAACAAUUAUCAGAAACUCCCGUCCCUAUGAGUGGUGAAACAACAUCAAGUUCUGAUGAUAAUGGGGGUUUUAUUACACCACCCGGUGAAGAAAAAAUAAGAAAACAUCAAAUUAAAAGAGCAACUGUAGUUGGUAAUCCUAUGUUCUCUACAACGUCAGAUGGUGAUAUUGGCCCAGGAGAAAGUUUAGGUCUUGAUGAUUUGGAUAUGGAUUAUGAACAGAUUAUGCAUUAUUUUGAUAAUUUAAAGGAAUCAAACGCUUGAGUUCAAGAGAUCAUUGCAAAGAUACGCGAAAUACUAUCAACAUUUAAAGAACAAUAUCGUAAUGUGGCAAUGCCACCAGCUAGUCCAGAAUUAGUUAAUAUUAAUGAUCCAGAUUUUGAAUAUUUUUUCGAAAAUUUAAGUGAAUCUUAUGCUUAAGUUUAUAAAAUGUAGAAAAAAAACCAAAACAAAUAUAAUAAAUAAAUAAGUUGAUAGUAAAUUAAACAAAACAAAAAAAAAAUAUUAAACUAAAUUAAAAUACAAAAAAAAAGACACUUAAACUAAAAUGAUAAUUAAAAAAAAAUGUAUUGAAUAAGGACGAAACUUAUAUCUGAAUUUAAUAGAAUUAUUAAUAUUAUAAAUGUAUGUAAUACGAUGAUGUGGUCAAUUGAAAUAUAUAACAGUUUAAAAUUAAAAACAAAAAAAAACAUAAAAAAAAUAAGCUAAACAAAAUAUGAAACAAAAACUAUUAAAAAAAAAACAAAACUCAUAUAUAAGUUAAAAAUAUAAACGCUUAGUUAAAGCUAUUGUGUAUAUAUACAUAUUAUAUAUAAAUAUUAUGUAAUUAAAAAAAAAUAUAUAAAUACAAAAGUCUAGUUUAUGUUAAUAUUCAUAAUAAAUAUAAACUAAAGCAAAAUUAAUUUAUGUAAUUUACCAAAAAACAAAAAAACAAAAAAAAAGCAAAAAUAUAAAGCAUUAAGUUUUGUAAAGUAUUAAAUAAAAAUUCAAAAUAUACAAAAAAACACAAAAAAAAAAAACUAAAACUGAAACUGAGACCCUCACAAAUUCUAUAACAAAAAAAACAAACAAAAAAAAACAUCUUAUAUAGGAAUGAAGGAUAUAAAGAUCGUCUAAUUGUGGCUUCGCGACUUUGCAGUGAUCUGUUAAAAAAAAAUUAACAAACAGAAUAAAAUCAAAUAUCAAAAAGAAUCAAAGAAAAAAACAAAAAUUACCAAAACGAAAAAAAUUUUCUUUAUUAAGUUUCUAAACUAAAAUUAAAUUAAAUUUAAAAAAAGAAAAAUAACAAUUUUUUAAAAAAUAAAAUUUUUUUAAUACGAAAAACAACAAAAGAUUAAAAAUUAAACAAAUAUGCAUCCAUUCAACAUUCAAAAAAAUUUCCAUUUCACCCAAUAAUUUGAAUAUCGCAAAAAAAAAUAUUUAAAAAAUCGUAGAUUAAUAGGUACAAAAAUACUAUUUUCAAUUUUUUAAUAUUUAAAUUUUCAUUUGUAUGCCUUCUUUUUUUAUUCAAUUUCGUAUUUAA